AUGUCUUCGGGCUUCCCCAAAGUGACGCCUAGGGCGUGUACUGCGUACCUCACAGGGCUGGCUAUCUCCGUGCAGUAUGCGUUCAAACGUUUCCUGUGUGCCGCGCUGUCCCCGCUCACCGGUUUCAGGGACCAGGCCGUCAACAAGGAACCUGGGCCCGCGAUGAACUUCUUCCCGAGACUUUGGCUCGACUGCGCCGUGAGCACGUAG